AUGGGGUGCAGCAUGAGCCGUCUCGCCAAGGCCACCAUCUCGAUCGUCAUCCUGGCUCUGCUCCUCAUGCCCGGCGCCAUGGCGGCCGCUGCGGCCAGCUUCGACGCCUCCCGCAGCCAGCACCUACCGCUCCCUCGCGGAUACCUGCGCGGGCCGGAGAGUGUCGCGUUUGACAGCGAGGGUCAAGGUCCUUACAGUGGCGUCUCUGACGGCCGCAUCCUCAAAUGGAACGGAGACAAGAUCGGCUGGACCACCUACGCCUACGGUCCUGACUAUAGCAGCGAGGCAUGCACCGCGUCCAAGCUUCGCCCGGAGACCGUCACUGAGAGCCAUUGUGGCCGCCCACUCGGACUGCAGUUUCAUCACAAGUCGGGAAACUUAUACAUAGCUGACGCUUACAAGGGACUCAUGCGGGUUGGGCCUACCGGUGGGGAGGCGACGGUGCUCGUCAACCAGGCGGAUGGUGCGCCUCUCCGCUUCACCAACGGGGUUGACGUUGACCAGAUUACUGGGCAAGUCUACUUCACCGACAGUUCCAUGAACUACCAGAGGUCUCAGCAUGAGAUGGUUACCAGGACAGGGGACUCGACGGGCCGUCUCAUGAGGUACGACCCACGGACGAAUGACGUUACCACAUUGCAGUCGGGCAUCACAUACCCCAACGGUGUCUCAAUCUCUCAUGACCGCACACACCUCGUGGUUGCGUCUACCGGCCCCUGCAAGCUCCUAAGGUACUGGAUCAAAGGGCCCGACGCUGGCAAGACCGAGCCUUUUGCCGACCUUCCAGGUUACCCCGACAAUGUCAGGCAAGAUAGGAGAGGUGGUUACUGGGUGGCCUUGCACCGCGAGAAGAACGAGCUUCCGUUUGAAUUCGGUAGCCAUCUCCUUGCCGUCAGGGUCGGACGCAAUGGAAAGGUCCUUGAAGAGAUGAGAGGACCUAAGAGCGUGAGGCCGACCGAGAUAAAUGAGAGGGGCAACGGCAAAUACUACAUGGGCUCUGUCGAGCUGCCGUAUGUCGGCGUAGUUACACAUAUAUAG